AUGGAUGACUCUCAAAACCCUCACUCUAAAGUUCCAAACUAUAUGAGAGAUGACAAAGUUACACAAGAAUGCAAGAAUUUGAUCUCUUCACUUCCCCUGGACAAAGAUUUCUUGGGAAAGAAUCUUUGUAACUACAAGGGUUUUUGGUACUAUCCCAAUACAUUUCAAGCUAUUCUUGAUGCUAAAAAUCACUUCCAACCCCGAGAUACCGAUAUUAUCCUCUCUUCUUUCCCGAAAGCGGGUACGACUUGGCUCAAAGCCCUUGUUUUCGCCCUCGUCGAAAGAGGAAAAUAUCGUGCCAAUCCCGAAAUCCACCCUUUGCUCUCUCAAAACCCUCAUAGCCUCAUACCCUUUCUCGAGAUUGACUUAUAUGCCGAAAGUCGAAUCCCAGAUCUUGCAGGUCUUGCCUCUCCAAGGCUAUUUGGAACUCACAUGCCGUUUCUUCAGCUGCAAGAAACCGUUAAGGACACUCCUUGUAAGGUUGUGUACAUGUGCAGGAACCUGAAAGAUGUGUUAGUGUCUGGUUGGCAUUUCAGGAAAAGGUUUUUGAGAGAGAUGGAUGGAACCACCAUUGAAUCCAUGGCCGAAGCAUUUGUUAGAGGAGUAAACCUGUUUGGACCCUUUUGGGACCACGCCUUGAGCUACUGGAAAGAGAGUUUGGAUAAUCCAAAGCUUGUGCAUUUCAUGAAGUAUGAAGACAUGAUAAAUGAGCCUCGUGUUCAGAUCAAGAGGCUGGCCGAAUUCUUGGACCGUCCAUUUACGGAAGAAGAGGAGGAAAGUGGAUUAGUGGAUGAGAUCUUGAAAUUGUGUAGCUUGCGUAAUUUGAGCAAUUUGGAAGUGAACAAGAAAGGGAAAGCGCCUUGCGAUAUUGAUUUCAAGAACUUUUUCAGGAAAGGCGAAGUUGGAGAUUGGAAGAAUCAUCUAACUCCCGACAUGGCCAAGAAAAUCGACGAUGUAAUGGAAGAGAAGCUACAAGGUUCGGGUUUGAAAUUUCCGUAAUACUUAUUCCAUCUUAUUUAUGUAUUGUCAAUAUCUUCAAGAUAACAUGCGUAUUUGUUACUUGAUGUUAUAAUAAUAAAAAUAAAAGUUAA